AUGGCUGAGCAUGCACAGGAACGCUUCAUACUGAUUGAGGAUACUGAGGCAGACUCUCCCAUCAGCUUACCAGAAGAUGCGCCCCGAGAGGGCAAGACUCCGCACCCAAUGAACACCGACGGCCCUCACGAGCAGAUGCCGCUUUCCUUUGGGGCACGUAUAGCAGCCCUCCCUCCUCGCCAGAGACUCAAUCGAAUUGUUCGCAAAAACUUUUACAACAAGAACCUCGAUGAUAUACGUUGGAGGAAAAGGAAUGUGCGCCACAAUGGCUCGGUGCCAUAUCACCAAAAGCACACCUUCGUCAUCAUAGGCAAGACGAGGGCUGCGCUACAGUCACAGCGCAUCGAGAAGCUUUCAAAUCGCCUUGGUAUAUGUGAAGAAGAGAAGAAAAAACUUCAGGAGUUUCUGGACAAGGCAAAUGAUGAAGCAACCGACACGGAGAAGAAGCUAGCGGAUGCGCUUGAGAAGGCCGCUGAUGCUGAGGCAGAGCUGGCUCAGCGAGAGUCAAAUCAUCGAAAUGCCAUGAACAGCCUUGAGGAGCACAAUUGCAAGGUUUUGGAACGGAUGGCGAACCUUGAGUUCCGACUCGAAGAAUAUGAGGACGCGAAACUAAAGACCCAGCCUUUUGCAAACUCCAGUAAGGUCUCGGACGAAUCGAUCACGGCCAUAUGGGCGAAGAUGCGGUACAACAUCAACUACCUUGCGAACCACGUUCUCACCGGCUGUCCCUCGGAGAGAGAACUGAAAGACGGCAGCAUCAACGACUCUUGUUUUCUCGGUUCCGAUGGCAUCAAUUAUUACAUCGACCAGCUCCAAGACGAGGAAAUGAGACCCUUCGUCGUGGAACACUACAUUUGGAAGACUGUCAUAGGACGAUUCUUCGACCUCGGGGUAGACGGAAGUUACGAAAAGACUUGGGCCGGCACAAUCGGGAAGAGCUUCAUUACCUGCUUCGAGAAGCUACUAGUGGACCCAACGAAGCUUCUACAUUGCAAGGCUGAGAUGGGAGAGAUGAUCGGGCAGAUGAUUGGUGUCGACCACCCAGAGCUGUUGAGGGUGACACAGAUGGAGAUCACGGCCUUCGCCAAUUUCUUUCCCAAAGAGUGUUCUGACUACAAAGUAAAGCGCGAAAAGCUUCAGAAGCAUAUCAUCAAGAUAUUCGACGAUGCGUUGCAGCUCCGCGGGAUCUUCAUGGCUUCCAGAGCUUACUUCUACCCGAAAUGGUGCCACAAGGAGGUGACGGGUGGAGGCCGCAUCCGUUUCGACGACAAGUCUAUGGAAGCCGAGGGCUGGGAGCAGGAGCCGCUCGGUGAUGGGAACAUGGUACUAUGCAACAUCUCGCCGGGUCUAGUGAAGGUUGGCACUGCUGAUGGCGACGGCUAUGACUCAGAUCUCCUGCUAGUCAAGGCGAGGGUUGUCUGUGACUAG